AUGGGCCGUCGAAAGCAAAUUCGACCGAUGAAAAUCGACACCGAUUCGGAGAAAAUCAAAGAAAUAGAGCAGCCGGCAAAACCAACAACAACCCCCAGCAUCUCCAGCAUCUCCAGCAUCUUCAGUGAGCCUAGUGAGCCAAAAAGCGAUCAAAAAAUGAACAUAAUAUUGGAAAAUCCACGAAAAAGACGACAUUCACCGGAGAGAGCUUUUCCAAAGAAUCCCUCCAAAUCCGCAAAUCCACUCGAGGCACUCGAGCGAUCGUUGGAGAAAAUUCAACCGAAAAUCGGUGCAGUUAACGAAGAAAAUGUGACGGCUAGAGGUCCGGUGAUCAAAACGAGCUCAUUUUCAACGAUUCCAGCCACUUUCCCCUCAACGUCAUCGGAUGGUUUGUGUUCGUUGUACAAAUUCGUUUCCUCAAUCCACCAUUCCGAGAGAAGCUCACCGAAAACCCAUCAAGAAGAGACUUGUUCGAUUCUCCGCUGUUUAGAGUGCGGUGCGGCUUUCUCACAAAUGGAUCACCUCGUCGCGCAUAUGACAACGACAAGACACUUCGCUCCAUUGACACAAAGAGCAAAUCAGAAUAAUGGAUGGUCGUUGCCCAGUCCAGCGCAUCGAAAAUCUGCUCAAUUUGUCACAGAACUGCCGAAAAACCCGGCAAUUCCAAAGGCUACAGAUUGCAGAAGCUUUUCUCCAAUGACUUUCUCGAAUUUGCUGCCUCCAGGGCUGGGGUUGGCUUGCUCACACUGUGGAGAGACUCCAGAGAAUAUUGGUUUACACCUCAAAAAAGAGCACCGUAUCGAGAUCCGGAGUCUCACCGAUUGGUUGACGAAUGUAAGGAUGGUGGCCGUAACGAUGAAGAAAGGUGAGCCAAUCGACUUGGUCGCUUCGCCUCAUCGCAAAGCGCCGCUCGACUCACCGCAUCUCAGCUCGUUGAUGCAUAUGAUUGAUUCGGUGGAUCAAACA